AUGCCUUUGAAUAAAUACCCAGACAACGAAGAGAUCGGCAACAUGAACAAUGAGAAGCGAUUCCUUACCGCUUGCGCCUGCUUCAAGUCCUGUCUCUACGAAGAGCUUCAAUUCCUGAGUCUUGGAGACGGUCUCCGCCCCGAGAUCAUUCCAAUUCUCCACAAGCUGGUGAAGCUGCUACAGGCUAUCUUUCUUCUGGGUAAGGAGAUGGCACGCACAUGUCCUGAUUGUCUCACUGUUCGUAAUAGGCCUACAGACCACUUCUUGGUCCAGUUCGAGCGCAUGUGUAAUGGCCGCAUUAUGGCCCCUUUGACUCGAGCCAUUGCUGACCUCGAGGCGGAUGAGUUGUUGCCAACUCCGAAGGCGAGCGUUGACUUUUAUGUAUCUGCGGAUUUGGAUGAUUGUCGUGCGGAUGCUAGUGUCUUGCUCUCUGGUGACGAGCUGCCUCUGGAUAUCGCUGACGGCGUUCAGUUCCCGAAAGCUUCUCGGCCAUGA